GACAGUCUGUUGUUGUGCAUGCGCACACAUCGAACUAUAAGACAACUGGCUACUUUUUGGUAGCGAAUGUCCGUUUUUGCGUUCUUUUGCUGUCCGUUAAGUAAAUAACGUGAGUAUCGCUAUAUUACUUCCGUGUUUGUUAAAACAAACAAAUCACAUUCGGGGUUAGUGCACGCCGUGCACAGAUCAUAAGAUGAUACGGAGAGCUCGACCAAAAAUGUGUUACAAAGAGAAGUCAACAGAUGACGAUGACCUUGACCUGUCAAGGCAAGAGGGUGACGAAGAGGAAGAUGACGAAGAGGAAGACGAGUGGCAGCCUGAGGCCGUGGCUCCAAAAAGGCAGAGGAAGGCUGGUCCUGCCCCCGCCCCCAAGAAGCCCGCCGAAAAGAAGCCAGCGGUGAAGAAGCCCCCCAAACCCAAGGAGCCGAAACCCAAGGUCCCUCGGAAGGCGGCUGAGAAGAAGCCCCGGGCCCCCAGAGGGAGGAAGAAGGAGCUGUCUGCCCCAGCUGAGGAGGCCGGCGGAGUGGAGGAGGCUGGAGGCAUUGCAGGCAAUGCAGCGGCAACACAGUUAAAGGUCAAGGAGGAGAGGCUAUCAUUUCGAGUACCAGCUGGGGCGGCAGAAAGUGGGCCAUCCCAGGAGCUCUCCUCCAAUCAGCAGCCACUGCCAGUCAAGAAGGAGGAGCCGGAGGACGACUUCACCUUCGACGAGCCGGCCACCAAGAAGCUGAAGACCAGCGAGGCGCCCCAGGGGAGGCCGGUGCGGCUGCUGAAGACGGGGAAGGACCUGCGCUACGACCUGCAGAUGCACUGGGACCCCAUUGAGGUGCUGUCGGAGGUGACGCGGGUGGAGCGCUGGGUGUGCGCGAACAUUGUGGAGCUGUUUCGGGAGGAGAACACCAUCCCCUUCAUCGUGCGCUACAGGAAGGAGCUCAUCAACCACAUGGACGCAGACGGAGUGAGGGAGGUGCAGCUGUCCCUGGAGGAGCUCUGUGCAGUGUCAAAGAAAAGCCAGUCCAUUAGCCAGGCUUUGAAGAAGGAGGGGGUCUUGACUGCUGAGAUAGAGGAAAUGCUGAAAAACUGCAGGACCCUGGAUGAGCUGGAGCACGUGUAUGCUCCCUACAAGAAGGGCAGUAAGCUGUCUAAGGCUCGGAGGGCCAAGCAGCUGGGCCUGGAGCCUGCAGCUACAGCGCUGAUACAGGACCCCCAAAACCUGAACCUGCGGGCCUUGGUAAAACCUCAGUGUGAAGGGCUGUCCUCGCUGGAGGAGGUGGCCACGGGCGUAGCGCAGAUUUUGGCCGACACAAUCGCCAAGGACAAGGAGACGCUGGCUUUCAUUCGCUCGCUGUGCGAUCGCAACCUCGUGACGCUCCACUCCUCCGUCUCCAAGACGGCUCUGAAGGAGCAGCAGCAGCCGCUGGGCGAGCGGGCGGGGAAGCCCAAAGACAUCGACAAGUUCCACCUGUACUGUGACUUCACCAGCAACGUGCAGCGCAUUCAGCACCACCAGACCCUAGCCAUUAACCGAGGGGAGAGUCUGAAGAUUCUGACAGUGAAGGUCAACAUCCCUGACAGGGUGAAGAGCGAGUUUUGUAGGUGGUGUGUCAACGUCAGGUGGAGGCCGAAGGGAUAUGCCAGUAAUGAGCUCAUGAAGAUCUUGCAUGACGCAGUGGAAGAUUCUUACAAAAGACUCAUACAGCCGCUGCUCUGCCGAGGGUAUAGGAGCAGCUUGACCGCCAGCGCGGAGAAGGAGUCCAUCGCCAUGUUCGUACGGAACCUGCGGCAGCGGCUGCUCGUGUGUCCCGUGCGCGGGCGCGUCAUAAUGGGCGUCGACCCCGGAUUCCGCCACGGCUGCAAGCUGGCCAUCCUCUCACCCACCAGUCAGAUCCUACACACUGAUGUGGUCUACCUGCACCAGGGGGGCGGAGCCAGGGAAGCAGACAAACUGCGACACCUUAUGAUGAAGUACAGCUGUCAGACCGUUGCCAUCGGCAAUGGGACGGCGUGUCGGGAAACCGAGGAGUUCUUCGCCGGUCUCAUCGCCCAGAAGUUCUUCCUGCCGCUGGAUGUCUCUUACUGCAUUGUUAAUGAAGCGGGGGCUUCCAUCUACAGCGUCAGCCCAGAGGCAGUGAAGGAGAUGCCUGACCUGGACCCCAAUCUAAGGAGUGCAGUUUCCAUUGGAAGGCGGGUUCAGGACCCUUUGGCUGAGCUGGUUAAAAUCGAGCCCAAGCACAUCGGAAUCGGGACCUACCAGCACGACGUGUCGCAGGCGGCUCUGAAGGCGGCCCUGGACAGCGUGGUGGAGGAGUGCGUCAGCUUCGUGGGAGUGGACAUCAACAUCUGCUCCGAGACCCUGAUGAGGCACGUGGCGGGGCUGAACGCGGGGCGGGCCCGGAGCAUCGCCGACUGGCGGGAGAAGAACGGGCCCUUCGUCAGCCGCGAGCAGCUCAAACUGGUCAAGGGCCUGGGGCCCAAGAGCUUCCAGCAGUGCGCCGGAUUCAUCCGGAUCAACCCGGAAAACCUCCAGAGCUGCAGCAGGGCAGAAGCGGACCAAGCCGCUGUUCCUUCUGAGAAACCGCCGGCCAAGAGAGGGAAGGGAAAGGGCCCAGCCGCCGGCGUGGCCCGGCCCAACCCGCUGGACCAGACCUGCAUCCACCCAGAGUCCUACGGCAUCGCCAUGAGGUUCCUGGAGCACGUGGAGGGGCGGGUGGAGGAGACGGGCCGGCCGGAGCUGAAGCAGCGGGUGGAGGCCAGCGUGCAGCGCUUCGGCCUGGAGCAGCUGGCCAAAACCCUGGACACCACGCCCGAGACCCUGCAGCUCAUCGUGGACGGCCUGACGCAGCCGUCCGGCUUCGAUAUCCGCCAAGGCUUUGAGCAGGCGGACUUUAAGCGCGGGAUCGUGUCGAUGGGGGACCUGCGUGCGGGGGUGGUGCUGACGGGCCGGGUGGAGAACACCACGCUGUUCGGGGCCUUCGUGGACAUCGGCGUGGGCCGCUCGGGCCUGAUCCACAAGAGCAACAUCACGCUGGAGAAGCUCCCGGCCGAGCAGCGCCGCCGCAGCCUGGCCCUGGGGCCCGGCGAGCGCGUGGAGGUGCGGGUGCUCAACGUGGACGCCCAGCGCGGGCGCAUCGGCCUGGACCUGAUCCGCGUGCUGCGAUAGGGUCCCGACCCUGCCGUCUCAUACGCGUACAUGCACACAUAUGACCAUACACACAUACGCGUACAUGCACACAUAGGCAUACACACAUAUGACCAUACACACAUACGCGUACAUGCACACAUAGGCAUACACACAUAUGACCAUACACACAUACGCGUACAUACACACAUAGGCAUACACACAUAUGACCAUACACACAUACGCGUACAUGCACACAUAUAACCAUACACACAUACGCGUACAUGCACACAUAUAACCAUACACACAUACGCGUACAUACACACAUAGGCAUACACACAUAUGACCAUACACACAUACGCGUACAUGCACACAUAUAACCAUACACACAUACGCGUACAUACACACAUAGGCAUACACACAUAUGACCAUACACAUACGCGUACAUGCACACAUAUAACCAUACACACAUACGCGUACAUACACACAUAGGCAUACACAUAUAUGACCAUACACACAUACACGUACAUGCACACAUAGGCAUACACACAUAUGCGUACAUGCACACAUAGGCAUACACACAUAUGCGUACAUGCACACAUAGGCAUACACACAUAUGACCAUACACACAUACGCGUACAUGCACACAUAUAACCAUACACACAUACGCGUACAUACACACAUAGGCAUACACAUAUAUGACCAUACACACAUACACGUACAUGCACACAUAGGCAUACACACAUAUGCGUACAUGCACACAUAGGCAUACACACAUAUGCGUACAUGCACACAUAUAACCACAUACGCGCUCACUCACAUAUACACAUAACCAGACACACAUACGCAUACACGCACAUAUAUACCCAUACAUACAUACACACACACACACACACACACACACACAAGCACACACAACUCGUUCUUUCUACGGGUUAAUGAAGUAGUAGAUGAUAAUUCUGUAAAGUGUUAUUAUUGGUGGUUCUAGGUCUUAAUUUUCAUCCUGUUCCCAGUUUUCCCUUAUGUCCAACUGUGGAGCCACUGGAGGCCAUUUUAUGGACAGCAGGGUUGGUAGUGGAGGCCGGUGCAAAUGAGAACAUGCUCCAGAGAAGCUCCAAGAGCGUGCCUUCUCAUGGGCUCUUUUUCACUGUUUACCGGGUGGUUUGACGUAUUUGACUAAAUAAACCUACUCCUAAAACAGAA